AUGCCUUCAGCUUGGGCACCUGUGAAAGAACUUAGUGAUGACGAGUCAAAUAGCCACCGUGAAGAUUUCCGGGAGCUUGGCCUAAGGCCUAAAAGGAAAAGGAAAAAAAGGCAUGGCCCCACCCUUCGGGAACGUUUGGCCAGCGAAGUUCACUGCAGAGCAUUGUUAACGAAGCGAUGCAAAGGCUGCAGGAGGCCUUGUUUGAUGGGUUUCGCUUCGCGCCAGAAUGGUGCUUUUGCAAACUUGCUUGACUUCCGUCGGAAGUGGGUGGAUACGCACAAGCUUGAUCAAGAUCGAGUUGUUUUUGAUAGCAUGAAGGCGGCCUUAGCGGCUCGUGCAACUGAUCAAGCUGCGGUCUCUUGGAGGUUCAACGGUAGCAAGGUGUGUCUUCGUGGGUGGAAAGCUUUGCAUGCCAUUGGAAAUGGCCGGUUUCAACGGCUGUGGGAGGCAGCAGUGAGAGGCGACGAGAACCCGCCUGCUGACAUGCGGUUUGUCACCCAUGAGAAGGCACAUGUGACAGCCGACUCGAGCGUGGGCCAGGUGACUACGUUUUUGCAGACGCUUUAUGAUUCUGUCGCUGAGACCCUCCCAGACGUCAAAGAUGAUGGGUUGGAGCUCAGCUUUCACAAAGGCCUUGAGGGGGCCGACCCAUAUGCCAGUGUUGACAUGCCAGCGGUUGCUACAGUGGAGCCCCCUGCCAAGAAGCAGAAGGUUCGGAAGGUCAGACAGGGCUUGAAGAUUCAUGUGGAAAGGAAGUUGGACCAUGCCCUGGAAGCCCGGUACUUACCACCUGGCUGCAUGAAGGACUAUUUCGAACAGUUCAAGAGCGUUGAUGUAUUGAACAAGACGUCAUUCUCAACGUUCUGGCGCGUCUGGCGUAUAGAGUUUGAUCAUCUACGUUUUCGAGCUGUGAGCUCACACGCCCAGUGCUCGACAUGCUUGCACCACCGAGUUUUGCUGAAGGAACUGUCCGGGUACCUUUUUGCCCGGCAACGGCAGGCCCAGCUCUACCACGCUCAUUUAAUGAGCCAAUACCGAGACCGGCAAGUUUAUUGGGCGUUGAGAUCCAGCUCAAGACUCCGCACUCUUGGGCAGAUCACAAUUAUCCAAGAUGGAAUGGACCAGUGCAAAUUUGCAUUCCCUCGCAGUCCUCUUUGUAGAGGGAAGGACCUAUCGACCUUAAUACGUCCCAAGUUGUCCAUCGUGGGGUGCCUCGCUCACGGGUGGUGUCUGUUAUUCUCUGUAUCGGAUCCCACCCAUCCGAAGGAUUCAUCAUGUAUGGCAGAGCUGUUUUGUCACACUUUGACCAGACUGUCGCGAUUGGGCAUACUGGCUGGAGCGAGCCUUCAGCAUUUGAGAUCUGGACAUUCGCAUGAAGACAUAGAUCAAACGUUUGGAUCCCUCAGCCUAUUCCUCGUCAAACAUGGAAAGCAGGUGGAAACUCCGAAGGAUUUCCGCCAUUUGAUUCAAAAGUUCUGUUCUACGGCCCACCGUCCCUUUGAGAAUGAGCGUGCAGUGGUGUUGCUGGACCAGCACAGACCAUGGAGGGACUUUCUAGCUGGCGCUGUCCCAGUGAUGCUCCAGGGAAUUGGUGGCCCUGGUGCGCCCCACUUCUUUGGAAUCAGUCGUCGGGAAGAUUUGGGUUCCUAG